GAGAUGGCAUUGUUAUCCAAUAGAAUAAGCAAAUAUACUCUGCUUGAAUGCAACUGCCAUUAUUUUGUUUGUAUACAUAAUGCAAGAUCACAAACAAAGAUUCUCCAAUGAAAUAAUAUUCAUGUAAUCAGUGCACUCGUCGCUAAAUUCAAAUGUGCCAUGGAAGAUGAUUAUUUUUCUUCAGUCUACUCAUGGUUUGACAAAUGUGGAAUUAUAGCAAACAUUCGAACGCAUCUUCGGCAGAAUCUAGUCAAUACGCUGAAAAAUCGAGAUGCGAGUCAUAAAUUGGGAAAUAGUUGCCCGAGAUCAGCCAAGCAAUAUGUUUACGAUUUGCUCAUUGCCGAAUAUCUGUGGAACCACAAUUAUUUCUACACAUUGUCUGUUUUUGCAAGUGAAGUACCUUUGAUGGUUGAUUUCAAUAAACAAAUUAAUUCAAAAGACAAUGGGGCAGAGUCGAAGCAGAAGUUACAAAGCGAUUAUGUAUGCCAUACUUUAGAGACUCUAGGAAUUGAACCAACAAACCAAAAAGGAAAAAGUAUUAUUAGUGAUUACGCUAAAAAUGAUGUGCCUUUACUUUUAAGUAUAUUGAAGUGCAUCAGAAUGACUGAUAUCGAGGAUUGUAAUAAAACCCAGAACCAAACAACUAACCAAUUGAACAGUCAAUAUGUUCAAACUGUUGAAAUUAAACAAAAUUUAACUCAAGAACUAUCUAAAUUAACAAUUGCUCGGAAAAAAUUAAUUCAACAAAAAGAUCUAUUUGAAGCACAAUUAAAGCAAAGAGAAAUAGAAUUGAAAGAACAAGCAUUAGUUAUGAAAAAUCAAUUACUAAUUCUCCAAGAGAAAUUGAAUCAGGCUCAAAAAUUAAUUGAUAUGUACAGUUUAAAAGAAAAAAGAAUCAAUGAAAAUAAAAAGCAAGAUGAUUUAAAAAUAAUGCAAAAAGAAAAAGAAUUGUCUUUAAGAGAAAAAAUACUAUCUCAAGAAGUUAUAAGAAUAGCAAAAGAGAAAAACAGUUAUCAACAACUUGAAGGUGAUUUGAAAAAAUUACAAGAUGAAUUACUAAAAGUUAAAAGAGAAAUCCCCCUUUCUAGGAAAAAUUGCAAUUUGAGCGUCAAAGAUACUGAAACGCAAACGGAUUUUGAAAAUUAUCUUUUAACUAGGAAUGAACAAAGUUUUUUAAAUCUAGAAAAAAAUGAUCUUGGUGGUUUAGUAAGUGAGCAGCAAUCAAGAAUUAAGCAAUUGACGUCCAAAGUUGUAAUAUUAUCAAGGAAAUUAGAAGAAAAACAAUUAAAGGGCUGUAGAUAUGUAGAACUACCAUUGUUGGUUAAAAAUACAAAUAUUACAAAUGGUGCUAGUGAAAGCAGCUCUACCGAAGAUAUUUUACAAGAUGCAAAAAUGCGCCUUCAAAGACUAGAGGAAGAAAGUUUAAAAGCUGACCAGUAUUAUUUUAAUUUUAUUACUAAUUCAUCGUAAAGUUUCUGUUUUUUUUUUAAUUUGCUACACAUUGAAUUGUAUAAUUGUACAUGUAAAUAUUAAACAAUCAUGCAUAACACUAAAUGUUUUCAUAUGCGAAUUUGUAAUCAGGAAUUUAAAUAAUUAUUAAUUAACAUCU